CGAAGCGACGGCAGUACAUGUGAGUGUUGACCUAAAGAGCAGACAGACGUGGUUAUAUACCUCUAUAGCUUAUACAACUAUCUUACAGCGAUUUGCUUGAUUUUUGUGGAUUUACCUUGAGAAUAUGACGCUACCAGAUUUGAUCCAAGCAGGAAUUGAAAGCCAGAAAGAUACCAAAAUGAGCAUCGGAGCUGCAGUGAAAGAGACAUUGUCUCAAGCCAGAGGUGACGGAAGAGUUGUCCACGGACUUUUUGAAUGUGCGAAGUUGUUAGAAAGCGGAGACGAGAACAUAUUGUUGUGCCUGUUGCCGGUGGAAACAAACUCCGAAGAUGUGACGGUACACAUAAAACACACACUGAUCGAGGCGUUUUGCUGGGAGAAUGAAAUUCGGCUGUUGAAGGUUGAUUGCUCAAAGAAAUUGGGUGCUUUGCUUGUCGACACCAGUGAAUUAAAGAAUGACAAUGAUUUGGCGGCAGGACGAACCAGUCUCGACUUCAGCUGCGUUUUGAUAAAGGAAAAUGAAGAGCUCAGUGAAUCGGAGAAAUGCCUGACUGAAUACUACAACAACCUGAUGUGCAGCGAUGUCUUUCCAUGUCCAAUCAUUGACAUACCAGUCUGAAGCCUUAUUUUAGCCCUUGGAUUCUUAAUCAAACUUCUCAGAGUGCAUCUUAAACCUGGGAAAUGUGUCCAGCCUGAGGUAACCAGCCAGUGGCUAGGGGCAUGUCCGAGCCCAACUGACCAAAGCCUCGAGGCCUUGACUGCUGACCCAAUGAGUGUCUUUGGGGUGUGGAUACCGAUCUGUCUGGUUCCCAAAUCCUCCAUACCAAACUGGACUGGUCAGUGGAAGUGCUUACCAGAAGCAGUGCUGUUCAGUGAUGACUGAUGGUCAAGCAGACCAGUCCACUCUUGACCACUGGAACAACAGAUCUUGCACAGUUUUAUCUCACCAUUAUGAGAUAAGGCACAACACCAUUACCAGAUGAGGCACAACACGAGACCAAGGCCUGAGAUAUCAGAUGUCGAUAUCCAUUAAUGACAGACACAUGUCUCCUCCUGCUGAGGAAAUAACACACCAGAACUGUACAUCAUCCAAAUCUGGGUGUCCGUCUAGUCCCUACAGCUUGAUGUGCUGUUCAGCUAAGAAUCAUAUGCAAAAAAAUAUGUACAUAACAUUGGGUUAUGUCUAAUUAAGAAAUAACUAGCCAUAUGCAAUUUAGCCUGUAAGUGCUGCAUGAUCCAUUAUUUAGUGGAACAUCUGUAACAUCUGGAAAGCAGUAAUAUAUUUUGUAGCGAACGACAGCGAAGCCUGAAAUAAUGGCAGUUGAUGUUAAUGUUGUUGAUAGCAUUAACCUGAACAUUAUGCAGUUUUAAUAUGCUAUUUUUUAGAAUUUCUGACAACUCUGUUCAUAACUCUUUACCAUGUCCGUGAGGAAUUGAAUAGUUUUUGAACUGCUGUAUGGUCAAAUCUGAAUAAGCAAUAUUAUGACUCUGUAACAUUGUUCAUUUUGUUUUACUUUUUGUCUUAAUUUUGAGCUGCAAAUGUACUGUUAAUUUAUUUGACAUUAAUUUAUUUAUUCUUCAUCAUUUGGCUUCAGAAACGGGCUCAUUGAUUUGUUGAGAAGAAAACAUAUUUUGUCUCAGUUUACAAACGGCUUUUGAAAUGUCUUAACAGGCUGUGCCUGAAAUCAGCAUAAUGCAUUUAUACAGGAAACAUAAUUUAAUGAAUUUUCCAUCUCACGUUGUAUUUAUUUUGUGGAAGUAACUUAAUACAUAAACACUGUAUAUUUAUUUUAUUUAUUUUUUAACUUAUUGCCAUGCAACACCUUGUGCAAGGCCUUUUGUGAUAUUACAAAUAAAUAUGAAUUGAACAUUAA